UGUGAUGUUUACUUAAUUAACAAAGAUUUCAUGCCUUGUUAAUUUUUCUUGUUUUUGUUGGUUCAAUUAUAUUCGAAGGAUUCAUUUUCUUGGCGUUUGAUUUGUUCUGCAAAUCACAUAAAUCAGAUUUUGAUGUAUUCUUUUGCCAGGAUAGUCAGACUUUGUUGAAAAAGGAAUCUAGAGAAAAGAAAAUAGAAAAGGUGGAUUUCAAGUGAAAUCUUAAACUAUUCUGUUCCCCACGUCUGAAAGUUCAACUCCCACGGCCUUUAAUCGAAUAAUUUCUCCCCCAAGAAAAAACUCAUUGGCUGAAGAAACCAGGCCCGCUAUGUACUCAAUGCUAGCGUAGGAAACCAAGUCUGUCAGGUUGAAAGAAAUGAGAAAUUUCCAAAGGGGACUCGUUUUUGGUAUCAGCGCUGGAGUUGUUAUUGGUGUGGUUUUGGCCCUGUCUGUUAUUUGCUGCAUUAGGUACCGAAGGAAGGGUUCUGAUCCUUGUCAUGAUGAGGAUAAAGUCUCUCCGAGGGCAGAAACAAUCCCCAUCCGUGUUCAUGGGGCAGAUUCCAGCACGAUACUGUCAGAUUCCCACCUCGGUCAAGAAUCCCCUAGAACAUCAGAAUGGAGUAACAUGCCCCAGUGGCUGGAAGGGCUCAAGAGGAAGAGCGUGGCAUCCGCAUGUGGCAUACCAAAGUACUCUUACAGAGAGCUAGAGAGAGCGACCUAUGAUUUCACAACAAAAAUAGGCCAUGGGGCAUUUGGUCCUGUCUUCAAAGCUCAAAUGAAAACUGGUCAGACAGUUGCUGUCAAAGUGCUUGCUAAUGAUUCCAGGCAAGGGGCAAUGGAGUUUCUAUCAGAGGUUCUGUUACUUGGAAGAUUACACCACAGGAAUCUGGUGAACUUGGUGGGAUAUAGUGCAGAAAGAGGAGAACAUAUGUUUGUUUAUGUUUACAUGAGCAAUGGAAGUCUUGCAUCCCAUUUAUACAAUGAAAGGCAUGAGCCUUUGAGCUGGGAUUUAAGGGUUCGGAUAGCUCUAGACGUGGCAAGGGGUUUGGAGUAUCUUCAUCAUGGGGCUGUUCCUCCUGUUGUGCACCGCGACAUCAAAUCCUCAAAUAUAUUGUUGGACCGCUCGAUGAAAGCCAGAGUUGCUGAUUUUGGACUUUCAAGGCAGGAGAAGGCUAACUUGCACUCAUCUAAUGUCAAGGGAACUUUCGGAUAUGUUGAUCCUGAGUAUAUGUCUACGUUGAUCUUUACUAAGAGAAGUGAUGUUUAUAGUUUUGGGGCGCUACUUUUUGAGAUAAUGAGUGGCAAAAACCCACAACACGGUCUCAUGGAGUAUGUGGAGCUUGUAAGAUCUGCGGCUAUUGAUGUGGAAAACGAUGUAGGGUGGGAAGAGAUUGCAGAUCCUCGACUUCAAGGAAAAUUUGAUGUUCAAAAACUGAAUCGUAUGGCUGCCCUUGCCUAUAAUUGUAUCAAUCCUGUCUCCAGGAAAAGGCCCUUAAUGAGGGACAUCGUGCUGGCAUUGUCCGAGAUCCACAAGCCAAGAAACUCAAGGGUGCAUUAUGGGCAAAACCACCCUGCUAAAGCAGAGGAACCUACUUUCGAACUGGAUCUACAAGGGACUGUUGAUCCUUCUUUAACUGAACGUUAAAGAAUUGGAUGCAGAAGGAAAGUAUGAUAGUCAUUUGUUAAGUCCACAAGAACCCAUUCCAUGAUUCAGUUGGUGAUUUGAUUUUUGUUCUUCCAAUACUAAAUAGGAUGCUUUGGAUUU